AUGGACGGGUUCGCGCAUCGAAGUCAGAAUAGCUUCGAAGCCAUCAGGCCACUUGCGCCCAAGGGUUCGUCACUUGUCGACGGAUACAGAAGAGACAGCCUGAAUGGCUUCGAGAAGGCGACACCGCGGUCUAAUCUGGAACGGGCCCAGACUUCCACUGCCGUCAACCUCAAAGAUUCUGUUCAAGUACAUCUUCUCACCGAGACUGCCCUAUUUGACAGCAAAGGGUACGAAAUCCUUUCGCAGGAGGAAGUUGACGACCUCAAGAAACAAUGCCAAAUCUUGAACCAGAGGAUUGAGCAGGUUCGAUCGAAUCUCGCAAUUCAAUCCAAGUAUCGAGAUGCUGCUGUCUCCAUGUCCAGACUUUACUCUCCUACGAACGGGAAGAGGAGGAGCAUAUUGGGUAACCGUGGCAGCGAAGGAAGUGAUGCCGCGCGCGAAGCCGAGGCCGAGCGCGAUGCGACCCAGAGGAAAUGCGAGGACCUAACUUCAGAGUUAUGGCACCUCGAGAAACGUGUUGUUGAGCCACAGCGGAGGCUUCUUGAACACACGGCAGGAAUACUACAACAUCAUCACAUGGCAAACAAGAAGAAGGCUACAUCGACUCCCAAAGUCCCUCUUGUCAACGGUGUUCCCGCUAGUCCCGAGAGCAUGUACACCACCACCAAUGGACGCAACAGCCUGGACUUCCUCGAUGAUGGGUUCGUGUUCGACGAAGCCAGUCUCUAUCGGUCUUUCGAUACUACGGAAAUCAUGAACGCUCGGAAUACGAUCGAGAUACCCCUAAAAUCCCCCAAUCGUGAGCACGGCAAGCAAAUGGCUGAAGAGAGUGAGAAAUUGCGCGAAGAGAACGAACAACUCAAAGCCCAGGCUGAGUCGUUGCUUGCCGAGAUCAACGAUCUAAGAGGCCAAGAAUCAGACCAGUUCAGGUUGAUAUCAGACACAGAACGGAAACUGGAACGAUUCAACAGUCAACUACGCGAGGUCAUUGUACAGGCAGACCCAGCGAAGAAUAUCAACUACCAGGCUGCCCCCUCUGGGCAGCGUGAGCCCGGAGAUAUGAUCGGCAGCCACCUAGAUUAUCUCGGGAACGGUUUGAUCGCCAUUGGCGACAGCCGAGCAAACAACUCGGAAGCCGCUGGAAAGAUACAGGCACUUAACGCCCAGAUCCAGGACGUCCUCAUGAAUGUCGACCCUAGCCACCCCUCGCCGCCCGAUACAUCACUGGGCGUUGACGAGCAGCUUGCGUAUCUGCAAGACUCUCUACGCAUAGUGGAGGAUGAACUGCAACGAGCAGCCGACACGACAAGCUCGAACUCUGCCGAUAGACAGAACACUGAACAGUCUGAAGUAAUUCUCAUGGGACUGUGGGAUAUUAUCCAAUCGGGUUAUGCAGACAUUCGGCAACGGAAGCAGGAACGGAGGAAGCAUCGGAUGGACAGAGGAUUGGAGGUGGACGAGGAAGACAUGUCUGAUGGCGAAUCUUUCGACACUGAUGAGCCUUACUCGCUAUCCGCAUUCUCGACUAAGAUCCAGUGGCUGUACACGCAAGCUACUAGGUUACAAGAGCAGAAAGGUGUGCUGAAGCGCCAAAUCAAGCAACAGCGCGAGCUGAACAGCAAAUCCGAUUCUGAAAAGGACCAACAGUUGAGUGAAAAGAUGGAAGAGUUGGACGAGGCAAGGACGCUGCUUGGUCGGGCAGAACAAGAGACAGACAAGGUUCGUGCGCAGCUCUCACAGGCCUUCGAAGACCUCGAGGACGCACAAAACGGUCGGUCUGACGAGUCGGCGGCAAUUGAGGAGGCCCGCGAGCAACUCCAAGAGCGCAACGCUAGAAUCGCAUCCCUGGAAGCCGACACCAGGGACGUUCAGACGCGCCUGGCGGCAGCGGAGGCUAACAUUGAGACCAUCACGGCACAGCUGGCAGAGGCUAACGACGCUAAAGACGCAGCCGACAAGGCGGUCGAGGACAAGCAGCAGACGAUCAAGGCCAAGGAAGAGGAGCUUGAACAGAUGACUGGCAUGGUCGCCGAGUUUAAGAUGGAGGCUACUCUUGCCAAAGCCGAGCUCGAUGGUGCCUACGGCACAAGGAAGGAGCGCGCUGCCGAGGUGGCCAAACUGCACAACAGCUCCGAGUCUGCCAAGAUGCAGAUGAGACUUGAGACCCUCGAGACAGAAUUGAAGGCCACGGCCCAGGACCUGACCGACGUGGUCAAGCAAUCGCUCGAGAGUGAGAAGAAGAUUGGUGAACUCGAAGACGAGCUCGAUAGAGUCAAGUCGGAGCGGACCAGAAUCAGGGAUGAGAAGGAGCGGAUGAAUGAGGAGGUCGAAACGCGACUGCGCGAAGCUACAGGCCAUAUCGAAGAGAGGUUGGAAGCCGAAAUUGGCAGGCUACGCAGUGAUAAGCAGAAGGUACAAGACGAGCUCGAUCACGAACGGUUACGAUCAGCCAGUGGCCCAUUGUCGCCCGGCGGCACGAGCAAGACCUCUUAUCUCACAGAAUCGUACCGGGCUGGCCUGCGAGCCGAAAGAAAGAAGUACGAGGAGCAGCUGAGAUCAGAGCAAAUGGUGCGCCGCCGACUGGAGGACGAGCUCCGGGCACUAAAACGUGCCCAAGGCCCUGGCAAGAGCCCACUCAGCCCCCUGGGAUAG